AAAAGAAAGAAAGAUAGAAAUAAAAAAAAGGACAACAUAAGUGGCACACACCUACUUUUAUCACACAAAAACAGGUAGGGAUUAAUUACACACAGCCUGGUACUCCUUACCUGCUACUCACUCUUCCACACUUCACUCUCCCACUAAAUUACUACUAAAAUUAAAAGCACACAACAUUUUUCUACUAUCUCCUAUAUUUAUCACUAUCAUCACAAUAUCACACUCAUUCACUUUUUUUCUCUCUCUCUCUCCUCCAUUAGUCCAUUGCAUUGCUCUUGCCAAAAGCUUUAAACAAAGCUUCAAGUUAAAGCUAAAUCUGCUCUCUUCCCAAUUUCUCUUCUUAUUAUUCUUUAUCACAUUUUUCAAUGCAUCUUUCUUUACCAUACUAAAAAACAAAAACCCAAAAAAACCCAUUUUUUUAUUUUUUCAAAAAAUCCCUAAAACCCUCAAAAGAUCCCAUUUUUUUUGUUAACCUUCUUCAACAACAAUGGCAUUGUUGAGGAAACUACCCAGAUAAGAAAAAACAAACCUUUUUCACUGUCUUACUCUCCACCAUAAAACCCAGAAAAAAAAACACUCAAAGUUUGCAUUUUUGACAAUGAACAGAAGAAAAACAACUCUAAAGUUGAUGAAUUUGAUACCAAGUUUUGUGCUUUUUUUCUUGUUCAUAAUUCCAACUGCAUUAUCAGAUGUUUCUUCAAGUAGAUCCGCACUACUUUCUCUCUCCUCUGCAGUGGGUGGUCGUACACUCUUAUGGAACACUUCGAAUUUAAACGCUUGUUCUUGGUCAGGCGUUCAAUGCCAAAACGACGUCGUUGUAGGCCUCCAUUUACCAGGAUUUUCUCUCUCUGGAAAAAUCCCACAUGGGAUUUUCACCAAUUUAACAUCCCUAAAAACUCUAAGCCUUCGUUUCAACAAAUUAUCAGGAAAUUUACCGUUAGAUCUUGGUUUAUGUUCUGAGCUCAGGAACAUGUAUUUACAGGAGAAUGAAUUUGAGGGUGAAAUCCCAGAAUUUGUUUCUUCUCUUAAGAAUUUGGUUCGACUUAAUUUGGCUGAUAAUAAUUUUAGUGGGGAAGUUCCUAGUUCAUUAAAGAAUUUGACUAGGUUGAAGACUUUGUAUCUUCAAGAUAAUAAUUUGAGUGGGUUUAUGCCAGAAUUGAAGUUGGAAUUGGACCAAUUUAAUGUGUCUAAUAAUCAUUUAAAUGGGUCAAUUCCUGUUAGUCUUAGUUCAAUGUCUGUGACUGCUUUUCAGGGUAACAAACUCUGUGGAAAACCACUUCAAAUUUGCCCUGGCAUUGCUGCAGGUACUGGUAUCUUGACUGGAGAACAAAGGAAAAAGAAGAAGGGGUUAUCUGGUGGUGCAAUUGCUGGUAUUGUCAUUGGAGCUGUGGUGGCAUUUGCUUUGAUUUUGAUGAUUAUAGUAUUUGUAUGUUGUAAGAAGAGGAGUAAGAAGAGCAGUGCAGUUGAUCUAGCCUCAAUCAAUAAGCAGUUGGGGAUUGAAUUUCCGGAGGAGAAGCCUGCUGGGGAUGUCGAACAUGGUGGGUAUUCAGUUCCCGCGGUGGCAGCAGCUGCAUUGGCGACUAAUGGAGGUGCGAAAGGAGAAGAGGCUAAUGUUGGAAGUGUGAGUAAGAAAUUGGUGUUUUUCGGAAAUGGGAUUGGUGGGAAAUUGUUUGAUUUGGAGGAAUUGUUGAGAGCUUCUGCUGAAGUUUUGGGGAAAGGUACUUUUGGGACAGCUUACAAGGCGGUUCUAGAGAUGGGGACUGUCGUUGCUGUAAAGAGGUUGAAGGAUGUGAUCCUCGGAGAUGUAGAAUUCAAGGAGAAGAUAGAAGUUGUCGGCGGAAUGGAGCAUGAGUUUUUGGUGCCUCUUAGAGCUUACUAUUACAGUAGGGAUGAAAAGCUUCUUGUCUAUGAUUACAUGCCCAUGGGAAGCUUAUCUGCAUUUUUGCAUGGAAACAAAGGGGCUGGUAGAACACCGUUAAACUGGGAAUUAAGGUCAAGCAUUGCCCUCGGAGUGGCUCGUGGUAUAAGUUACCUCCAUUCCCAAGGCUCUGAUGUCUCCCAUGGAAACAUCAAAUCAUCCAACGUUCUCCUCACCAAAUCCUAUGAACCCCGUGUGUCUGACUUUGGUCUAGCUCAGCUUGUGGGACCAUCAUCCACUCCAACCCGUGUCAAUGGCUACCGUGCACCCGAAGUGACAGAGCCUCGAAAAACAUCCCAAAAAGCUGAUGUCUACAGCUUUGGGGUGCUGCUGUUGGAGCUCCUAACUGGCAAAGCACCAACACACGCUCUCUUGAAUGAAGAAGGCGUUGAUCUCCCAAGAUGGGUACAAUCCGUGGUUAAGGAUGAUUGGGCUUCUGAGGUGUUCGAUCUCGAACUCCUCAGAUACCAACAUGCUGAGGAGGAGAUGGUUCAGCUGUUACAGAUCGCAGUAGAUUGUGCAGCUCAGUACCCUGAUACUCGUCCUUCAAUGAUCGACGUAACCAAGCAAAUUGAGGAGCUCUGUAGUUCUAGCUCAAGGGAGGCUACAGAUCCAAAUGCUGCCUCAUUUGUCGAUGCCGAUGACGGAUCUUCUCUUUGAAAAAUGAUUAAAUGAAGAAUCCAAGAUUGGUAUGCCAUUGUACUUAAGACUUUGGAUUCCUACAUAAAAAAAGAUUAGCAAAUUCAUGUUCUAUUCCCUAGGAGAGUAUCAAUUGUCCAAUUUAGUUCAUUUCUUCUUCCUUUUCCACUUUUUUUUUUUUUUUUUAUUUAAUUUUUGGCUUGGAGUGGGGUAGUAACUAGUGAUAAUACUUGUGAAUUCGUUGUUAGAAGGAUCUUUUGGGUGGCUGUAAUUAUUAGUUUGGCUUCUGUUUAUGUAUGUGGUUUCACUUUACAGCAGAUUUAGGUGCAUUUUUUUUCUUUUCAUAUUGCAUGGAACUAUGGAAGUCGACAUCUUUAGUUUGCUUCGUCAUGCGGGAAUGUUUAGUUGUAUUGCAUGCCCUUUCAAGUGUACGUUGGUCCCA